AUGCCAGGGCAGGACCCCCUGUGCCAUGGGACGCAGCGGGCCCGGGCUGGCACGCGGACCUCGCUGCACGUCCCCUACGGCAACGGUGAGGGUGAGAAGCUGGACAUCUAUUUUCCCGCGGAUCCUUCUGGAACCUUCCCGGUCCUGGUCUACAUCCAUGGUGGAUACUGGCAGUGUCUGAUGAGGUGGGCUGCCGCAGAGGGGAUCCCUCGGGAAGGGAGCCCCCCGGCCCGCUCCUACCGUCUCCCUUCUCAUGGGACCUGGACUUGUCCUGGGUGCUCCGCGUCUGAUCGGCCUCCCGGCCAGCCCUGGGAGACCCUGGCCCCCACAGCCAGGCUAGCUUCCAUCUCCCCCCCCAGUAAAGACGAGUCAGGAUUCGCAGUCCCCCCGCUGGUGUCGCAGGGCGUGGCGGUGGUGGCAGUGGGUUAUGACACAGCCCCCAAAGGCCACAUGGACGCCAUGGUGCUGCAAGUGCGGCGCAGCCUCGCCUUCCUGGUGGAGCGGUACUCUGGGAUCAGAGGCAUUUACCUGUGUGGACACUCGGCAGGGGCCCACUUGGCAGCCAUGGUGUUGUCCACGGACUGGACAGAAUAUGGAGUGGCGCCAGAUAUCAAAGGAGCUGUGCUGGUGAGUGGCGUGUACGACCUCGAGCCCAUCCUGCACACCUACGUGAAUGAUGUGCUGAACAUGAGCCGGGAGGUUGCCCAGAGGAACAGCCCCAUGCUGUGCAUCUCCCCAGCAGUGCCUGCGGCUGCGGCCUGCGAGGUGCUCGUGGCUGUGGCGCAGCACGACUCCCCGGAGUUUCGCAGGCAGUCGCAGGAGUACGGCCAGGCCCUGCGUGCAGCUGGCUGGUCCGUCUCCCUGCUGGAUCUUGCUGGUGUGGAUCACUUUGACAUCAUUGAGAAGCUGGCGGAGGACAGCUAUGUCCUCACUCAGGUGAUUCUGAACAUGAUUUCAAGAGCUUGAUGGCAUGUCGGGAGCAAACUGAGUCAGAAACCGCAGCCCUGC